GAUAAGAGAGUACAAAAAACGAAUAAGAAGGAAGUAUAAAAGAAGAUAACAUAUUUCAUGCGUAAUAUAAAGAAUGGAACUUCAUAAGACGCGAAGUACUUGUAAUUCUUGUUAUAAAAAUAGUUACCAGCUUCUCGAUUCAUCAUUUAGUUAGUAUCUAUCAAAUAGUGUUAGUGCUAGUAUAGAAAUCGUUGCAUCGUCAUCAGUUUUAUUAUCAUCGGUUUACAUUGACGAGUCGUCGAAAAUUAAAAGGAAAAUUAAAAGGAACGAAAGAAAAACAAAUAGAAAAGGAAGAAAUAAAAGAAAAAAAAAAAAACAAAAAAACAAAAAUACAAGAAAAUGUAUCGAAAUAGAACGACAAAUGUGAAUGAAGAUUUAUUACGUGAACGACAAAGAUGUACUUUCGAUUCGAAGGAAUUAACUCUUUGGUUGAAUGGUACUUCUGAGAAAAUAGCUAUACGACAUGAAUUAGAAGAUACUUUUUUAAAUGAUCCCUUGUUGCAAGAUAAAGUUCCUGCAAAGUAUAAAAGUCAUAAGGAAACUUAUGAAGAUGCUGUUAGAAAAGGAUGCAUUGUUUUGAAUAAGUUACAAUAUCUACAAAGUGUAGGAAAGUCCGAUAUGCAUACUUAUAUACAAAUUUUAGGUGGAAUGUUAGGAUCUGCGAUAUUAAAAGAUGGAAAUCCAUUAACUUUACAUUUUGUAAUGUUCAUACCAGCAUUAUUGGGUCAAGCUACACCCGAACAACAAUCAAUUUGGUUAUCGAAGGCUUGGUCUUGCAGUAUUAUAGGAACUUAUGCUCAAACAGAGCUAGGCCAUGGAACAUUUAUCAGAGGUUUGGAAACUACUGCGACCUAUGACCCUGAAACACAAGAAUUCAUAUUAAACAGUCCAACUUUAACAUCAUACAAAUGGUGGCCCGGUGGUUUGGGUCAAACUGCGAAUUACGCCGUAGUAGUUGCACAAUUGUACUCGCAAGGCGAUUGUAAAGGAAUACAUCCAUUUAUCGUACAACUCAGAGAUAUAGAAACGCAUGAACCUUUACCAGGUAUAAAAAUUGGAGAAAUUGGAACUAAAUUAGGAAUGAAUGCAACUAAUAAUGGUUUCUUAGGUUUUGAGAAUGUUAGAAUACCGAGAGAUCAUAUGUUGAUGAAAAAUUCUCAGAUAUUAGAAGACGGAACUUAUGUCAAAGCAACAAGCGAUAAAUUAACUUAUGGUACAAUGAUGUUUGUUCGAGUGGUAUUGAUACAAGAUAUUGCAAGUUAUAUUUCUAAAGCAGUAACCAUUGCUAUUAGAUACAGUGCAGUAAGGAGACAAAGUCAAAUAAAAUUAGAUGAACCCGAGUCACAAAUUAUCGAUUAUUUGACUCAACAAUACAAACUAUUCCCAAAUCUUGCGAUGUAUUUUGCGAUCAUUACGUCUGCAAAUUGGAUUUGGAAUAUGUAUAAUAAUGUAUCGGCUGAAUUGCAUCAGGGUGAACUUGAAAGACUCCCAGAAUUACAUGCACUUGCAUGUUGUCUGAAAGCAACAGCUUCAUCCGAUGGAGCAAGAGGUAUCGAGGAACUUCGACUUUCUUGUGGUGGUCAUGGAUACAUGGACUCCAGUAAUUUACCUGUUACGUAUGGUUUGGUAACAGCGGCAUGUACUUACGAGGGUGAAAAUACAGUAUUACUUCUACAAACUGCAAGAUAUUUAAUGAAAGUUUGGAGACAAGCUGUAAGAGGUAAUCCAUUACCACCUACAGUAGAAUACUUGUCUAAUAUAGCACGUGGCACAAAACAGGAACCUUGGGAUGGUAGUUUAAUGUGUAUCGUUAGAGCUCAUCAGGCAGUUGCUGCAGGAAAAAUUCGUCUGGCUAAUCAGAAUAUGAAUAGUAAAAUAAAAAAAGGUCGUUCCCCUGAGGAGGCCUGGAACGAAACUAGUAUCGAAUUAAUGCAGGCAGCUGAAUCACAUUGUCGUGCUUUCAUAGUAAUGAGAUAUGUCACGGUUAUCAAUGAGGUGACUACAGUAUCAAAAGAAUUGCAUAUCGUAUUAAAACAAUUAUGUACAUUGUAUUGCACCUAUUGGGUAUUACAACGAAUGGGUGAUUUCUUAAGAUUCUCUAGCUUAAAAAAAGAAAAUAUAUCGGAGUUACAAUUACAUUUGGAAGAAAUGCUAACAGCUAUUCGACCUAAUGCUGUAGGCAUAGUAGAUGGUUUUGAUAUACCAGACGAAAUUCUUGGAUCAGCAUUAGGAGCUUAUGAUGGUAAUGUUUAUCAACGUCUUUACGACGAAGCUAUGAAGAGUCCAUUGAAUCAAGAAAAAGUAAACGAAUCUUUCCACAAAUAUUUGAAACCAUUUCUUAAAAGCAGAUUAUAGCGUAUAUGUUAAAUGUUAAAAAAAAAAAAAAAAAGAAAAAAAAAGAAAAAAGAAAAAGGAAGAAGUAUGUUUUUCUUCUUUUCUCAAUCUGUUAAAAAAAAAAAAAAAAAAAAAAAGAAAUUUUUCUAAGAAAAAUUAAUUAGAAUAAAUUAAUCCUUCUCGAUUAACAGAUUAAAAGGUAUAGAAUGUGAUAAUGGCAAUAUGUAGAUUUUAUAUGCAUUUAUAAUAUUAUUGAAAUCAAAAUGAUUGAAUGAGAUGAAAAGAA